AAUAAACCGACUCUUCCUGGAUGCUAAAACACAUUUCAAUUCAAUGUGAGUUGUAUUUUGUUGGAUUUUGAUCGUGAUCUGCACCACGUGACUCUCAGAAUUUAAUGAAGUGGGCAAUCGGAAAGCAUUGGGUUUUUGAAUCUGAGUGCUUUGAAACCACAAUAUAUGGUUACAACCGAGUUUGUGUUCACACAAGAGGUAUGCAAACACCCUUAACACGUGCUCUUAGUGAUUCGAAUUUUUGGGAGGAGUUAGGGAGGGUUAUGCAACAGAAGAUGCCGAAGAUAAAACUGCUAACGAUCAAUUAAAAUCUGCGCAGGUCUCUUUGAACUGUUAUUGGGACGACGACUUAGAUCAGGAAGUUUUUCAUUGCCACUGGUUCCAUGCUGCUUCACUUCACACCGUUAUAUAAGUAAUGUUUUGCUACAGAAAUUCAAAACAGGUACUAAAAGCUUAAGAUGCUUGGGAAAGUUGAAGUGCUAUCAGAGGAACUGCAAAACAGUUUCUCAAAAAGUUCAUUUUGACUAACAGUAAACAUGGAUAGAAGCAUGAGCUUUCAUUCCAAUAAGAUGGAGAUAUUACAAAGCAUUUGAAAAUUCGAUGUUGUGGAGUUUAAUUGGUGAUCGAAUACAACAAACGUGUUUUGGGAUUAUGGGUAGAUGUCCGAGGAAUGUCAACGAUUGGCUGAGAGCACUGGUCAUUGUCACCUUAUACAACUUCGUCCAUGGUCAUGCCAGCCCCACAGAAGUUUUGAAAUCAUCAAUGCAAUAUCUCUCGACCAAUCAGACAGGCCCCAGUUCUAAUCCAACCACUUAUCCAAGGACAUCAGACGUAUCAUUACAAUACAUACAAUCGUCAUCAGAAGUGUUUACUAGACUUGAGGAAACUACCGGUGAUUGGUACGGGAUCUCAAGCUCUAAAUAUACCAGCGAUCCGGAAUUCUCACAAAAUCAAGAAUACUCGGAUAUAGUUGUGCUUUUAGAAAAACCUCCUUCAGCCACGGAAAUCACAUCGUUAGUCAAUGCAGUUGACAAACAGACCCCAUCAAGUAACUAUGACCAAAUUUGGACCUCUUCGAGUGCAUUGGUACGGGGAAGUUUGGCAGAGGGGCAAAAUAAAAAUGACACGACACUGGGUAGUUCAGACCCGAGAACAAACAACAGUAACUCCAGGAUGGAUUCAAUACCCAAACUAAACUCAAUGAGCACACAACUUUCAAACAUUAAUUCAGUAAUAUCAUCGAGCCGUCUUGACACAAAGCUAGCCCCAACCAAAUCUUCCAAGGCAUCAUUAUUACCUCAUCCAAAUGUGUCUUCUUUACAGGAAAAUCAGGACAUGGCUGAAAUGUCGCAUUCCUCUUAUUCAACAUCCGAGUCGUUCAAAUCAUAUUCUAACAAAGAAACACUGUCCUAUUCGUUGCAGACAUCAUUCUCUGGCAUUGACCAUUCGUUUUCUUCAGUCGACAAGUUUGUAGGCGACCAAACACUGUAUCCAUCAUCCUUAAUAUUUUCAUCCGACUUGCUGUUGAAUGAAAUAUUGUCUCCAAUACCAGCACCAAUUUCUAACACUUUUCCGUCCGCACCUAUGGAGUCACUGGUUGUGAUCGAAUGGCCAACAUCUGUUCAUAAAGAAAAUGUCACAAAACUCUUCUCGUCUCGGAAAAAAUCAUCAGCAAAAGACAGUAGCAGCAAAACACAAGGAAACUUUAAUUCCACUGCGCAUGCAUCGGAUCACACAGUGUUUCCUAAGCCAAAAAUUUCUACUGAACAUGCUCUUCCUUUUAAAGUUUCUUCAAUGAAUACCUCGAAACACAGUUUAACAGAAAGUCAUAACAGCUCUCUACCCUAUGGACUUCAACAAUCAUUUAAUACUGAGACAUACGUGCUUCUCACCGAAAACCACAGGACAACAGUUCCCAUACAGGUUAUAAAAAGUAACAAAGGUGGAAGCGGGAACAUAGCAGAAAAUGAGAUAACAAGUACAAAUUACAAAUCUGCGUCAUCUAUUUCCACCACCUAUAUGGAAUUCUAUACAGCGUAUUACGUUGAAGAUAGUUCAUAUGACAAACAUUUACUUCAACCUUCUGAAACAACCAUCUUAGGAUUAUCUGACGUGCUGGACUCUUCAAAAUCAACAGAAACUAUUCCUACUACUGCUCAUUUUCAUUCAACUGGUGAGAGUGACAGGCUUGCUUAUAGUCCGUUUGAAAAAGAAGAAACUGAAUCAACAAGUACGGGAAGAGAACUCUUAUGGAGUGACACUUAUUCAAAUAAUAUCUUCAGUAAUGUUAUAAAUUCAGACACUAUGACUGCUCUUCCGAACAAACAAAUUCAAACAUCCGCCAUCAUGUCAUCCUCUGUCCAAACCCACAGAAUUAUCCCUACAAGUACACAUAAAGAAGAAAAUACAACUAAAGCUGUGGAAAGAGCAUUGCAUUCUUCAUUCGAUACAGAGUUUAAAACAAGUUCAAUUGAUGCUUUGAAACCUAGCUUAAAGAUGAAAGAGUCGAAAACUACAACGAAUCUCUAUUCAACAAAUUCAGAUUUUCCAUCAGAUACAAAUGACCAAUAUAAAACUUCCUCAGAAGUAAAGGUAUCAAAAACUUUGAUAAAUCUACUUACAGCCGAUACUGGUUAUCUAAAAAGUACAACUUACAAAUCAAAAUCUAGCACACAAUUAGGAGCAUCGAAAACUAUAAUUAAUCCUUUUUCAACAGGGUUUCAAACAAGCAGAAUUGAGAAACUGAAAUCAAGUUCACAGGAGACAAUGACCGUGACGAAUCUGUCUCCAACCAAUACGAAGUCUCAAACAAAUACCAUUGACCAACUGCAAUCUAGUUCACAAGUGGAAGAGUCGACUUCUCGGGAAAGUCUUUUUACAUUUGAUUUCCAAACAAGUAAAAAAGACAAACUUAAAUCUAGUUCUCUAGAGACGGAAUUGAAAUCUAUGAAUGUUCGCUUUUCAACCGAUACAGUGUUUCAAACAAAUACAUUUGACCAAUUGAGAUCUAGCGGAGACCAUUUUACAACAGAAUUUAACACAAAUGAAAUUGAAACACCAACUAUUUCACACGAAUCAAUUACUAAGGCGAAUCUUUUUUCAACCCACUUACUGCCUCAAACAAAUACUCUUGCCCUGUUGAAAUCUGUCAAACAAAUGGAAGAGUCCAAAGCCAAAAAGCAUGGUUUUACAACAGAUUUCCAAACUGAUAUGAUUGAAAAAAUAAAAUCUAGUUUACGAGAGAGAGAAUCCCUAUCGAACAAUAUUAUGAAUCCUUUAUCAACCGAGACAGAGUUAAAAACAAACUCUAUCGACGUAGUUCAAUCUAGCACACAAGUAGAGGAGUCGAGAAUUCUGGAAAAUCAUUUUUCAUCAAAAUCUGAGUUUCGUAAUCAAAUUAAAUCUAGUUUAGAUGUAAGAAACCCAAACACUACUGAAAGUCUUUUUUCAUCGAAAACCGAAGUGCUUCUAACAAAUACAUGGAAAACUAGCUCAAAAGUGAGAGAGUGGAAAACUGAUUAUACGCCCGGCGACCAACAGUCAACCCCACUUUAUUUCUACAAUGAAAUCAAUGCAACUCCCAUCAACACGGUUAUGUUUCAGUCGGUGCAUGUCGGCACCUCUGAACAGAUAGUAUCACCGGUGAAACAGCCCAUACAUUCCAGCGUCACUUUGUCCUUCUAUACCAGCAUACUUCAAGAUUUGCAGAGUUCCUAUAACUCUGACCCAGGGGAUGGGAAUCAUUGGACCACCACCAAAGAACCUUUGCACAUCUCGACUGAUAACUCUGCAGAAUUGUUAUCAGCACUUGCAGCUAGUGAGGAAGCUAUCGACGCUCAGAGUAAACAAACUGGAGAACAGGUGAGCAGCGUCUUUUCCAAAACACUUGUUAAAACAAUGAGCUCUCAAUUAGCAAGUUCAGCAGACUACAAUCUACUCAGUAGUUUUAAGGAAAACAAACUCAGCUCAGAAACCCAUGCAAUUUAUGCCUAUCAAAGUAAACUUCCAACUACAGUUGAUUAUUUGCUCAGCACUGCUUCUGCUACUAGUAAUGCAACGACUAUCAAACCUUCAGCUCUAAUACAUUCCAGUUUUGGGGACCUAGUGGGGUAUUCAUUGCAUUCAACAAUUGGGGGAUAUUUUUCAUCUGGUGUCUUAAACAGCACCGUGAUCAAACUGACAGUUCCGACUAUGGAGUCUUCGGUUAAUUAUGAUAAAACUAGUUCGAACUCUACAUCCGAAGAAACGCCACUUAAUACUAAAAUGUCCAGAUUUGCCAAUAGAAGAGGAGUUGAAAACAUAACCGUAAAACCAUCAGAUACAACAGAUUAUUCCAUCACGUCUUCAGUCCACUACAAUAAUGCAGAAAUUACAUCACAAUCGAUAUUAUCAAGUAUGCCUAUGUACGCUAAUACUCAAAUACAAAAUUUAUCACAUGCAGAGACUCUGCCUGCUCAGUCGUCCAUUGAAACAAAGUAUGUGUACCAGGUGACAUCAGACUUAAGGACGACAUACAACAAUUUGCUGUCCAGUUAUCCUAUAUAUGUUCCAACAAUUAGUGCGAGUUUUUCCAGUGUUCAUUCACAUAUUAUCGACGAUGCUGUUAGAACUAUGAGUCAAGUAGUCAUGUCUGUUGCCGGAUCAAAUGUACAGUCCCAAGUUAACACAGACCAUACGUCGUCUUCUAGUGUAAUCGCCACAAAUGCAGACUUAUCAGUAAAAGUUCAAGAAGAAUCGGAUGUUUUUGAUAGGGAAAGCAGCGGUGUUUAUUUUUCAUCGUUAUAUUCAUCUGAUCGACCUCUACUUGAAGUCUCGUUUUCAAGAGGGGUCACUCCCUUUGAAACAAAAUACGUUGGAUCAUCCAUGAUUAAAGAUAUGUUGGGUACUCAUGAAAUUGCAGUAACGAAUGCAAUGAUAGAGCAAACGACAUUCACACCGGAGAUUCUUCAAACGCCGAGUUUAACGGUGAUGUUUGAUUCAGAUACGAUAGGUCUGUCAAAUGACAAAUCUUUGAAAGAUAACCAAAUGUUAUCUGCCAUACCAUCCAAAAGGAGCGACUGGGUUUCAGAAAGCAUACAUCUGCAGCAAAAACACACAAGUGAUCAUUCGGAAAUUCAGUCUAGCAUUUUAGAAUCUGCAUUUUUACCCACAAUCAGCUACAACUGGAAUUUGUAUGCCACAACAAUAAAAACUAUAGCAACGAUAUCAACAUCAAAUCACAUUAGAUUGGAAAGUUCAUUAAAAGGGUCAAGUGACACAACAAUAUCAACAUUAGAUCACAUUGGAUUGGACAGUUCAAUGAAAAGUUCAAGUGACACAACGAUAUCAACAUCAGAGCACAUUAGAUUGGAAAGUUCAGUGAAAGAUUCAAGUGACACAACGAUUUCAACAUCAGAGCACUUAAGAAUGGACAGUUCAAUGAAAAGUUCAAGUGACACAACGAUUUCAACAUCAGAGCACUUUAGAAUGGACAGUUCAGUGAAAGAUUCAAGUGACACAACGAUUUCAACAUCAGAGCACUUUAGAAUGGACAGUUCAGUGAAAGAUUCAAGUGACACAACGAUUUCAACAUCAGAGCACAUUAGAUUGGAAAGUUCAGUGAAAGAUUCAAGUGACACAACGAUUUCAACAUCAGAGCACUUUAGAAUGGACAGUUCAGUGAAAGAUUCAAGUGACACAACGAUUUCAACAUCAGAGCACAUUAGAUUGGACAGUUCAGUGAAAGAUUCAAGUGACACAACGAUUUCAACAUCAGAGCACUUUAGAAUGGACAGUUCAGUGAAAGAUUCAAGUGACACAACGAUUUCAACAUCAGAGCACUUUAGAUUGGAUAGUUCAAUGAAAUGGUCAAGUGACUCAACAAUGUCAACAUCAGAGCACAUUAGAUUGGAUAGUUCAAUGAAAUGGUCAAGUGACUCAACAAUAUCAACAUCAGAACACAUUAGAAUGGAUAGUUCAAUGAAAUGGUCGAGUGACACGGGAUCCACUGAAAGUUCAGGUGUCUCUUUGAAAGCGAAACCAACUUUACCACCAACUGUAUCCACAGUUGCAGUGACAUCUCCGUCAAUAACAGUGUAUCCUUAUCCAGAAAAUAACCUUCUUGUCAUUGAAAUUGAUGUUAAAUUAGGAAUAGAUAUUUCUCAGGAACACUUUAAAGAAAAACUAGAAGAAGGCCUCACUACAAUCUACGUUGAAGGGAUGUCUCAGCGAAGGCGCAGGUCUUCUUCAAAAACUCGAACAAAAGACACUGGAAUAUUCGUUAAAAUCAAAGAUAUCAAGAGAAAGUCUGGAGAGCGGGUGGAAAUCAUAUUCCUUGUAACAUACAAUGGGAUAGUGGUCAGCGCCUCACUCGCGGAGAUGGCGUUUCAAAAGAUGUCGGACAUCAAAAUGAGCGCAAUAUUAGGAUAUCCAGUGGUAGUUCCUGUGAGUAGACUGACCUCCAGAAAAGAGCCGCCCUCUGAUGACAGUUGGUGGGGAGGACUGUUCAAUCCUUUAGUGAUAACUCUCAUUGCUGUGCCGACGUCCAUUGUUGUGAUCGCAACAGUUAUUGCUAUAGUCUAUCAAUGCCGAUCUAAGUCAAUACAGCGAUAUCCGUCUGUUCCAAGUCAGAUGGAUUCCUUGUACAAGCAUAAUUUGGUUGUGGAUGUCGAGAAUGGCGAUGUCCGAAACAGAAGAAUCUUCUACGAUUACCCUUCCGAUGAUGAAUUUAGCAUGACAUCCUCUGAAGCGUUCAAUGAAAUCAAACACAAAUACUCCCAAUCAAUGCAUUCCAAAAUCAGAAACUUCGAAAAACUUAACACUAAAAAUCACUUCUACAAUCAGCUGGAGAAAAAACCGAGUGAUGUUGUCAGAAACAAAGUUACAUUUGGAUUGGAUGGUGAUGACAUUAAGUGUCAGUGUACCAAGACCGACAGCAAUGAGUCCAACGACAGUGGAGUUAUCGUCGAUGCUCCAAAAUCACCUGCUCAUGAACAAAAUAACUUAAAAUUGGACGUACCAAGCGUAAAAACUACUCACAUUGUUCAGUCUCAAAAUGAUUCUCAAGCAGCUCCAAAAAGUGUAAUUUUGCAAAAUCCAUAUCCAGUGAAGAAGAAAUCAAAUCUCGUGAAUUUGUCCGGGGAACGUGUGACUUCUUGGGUGUUUAUGGGAGAAAAUACAAAUUCAGCCUACGAAUGCAUUCCAGAGUCCUGUGAUUCUAAACAAAUAAUGACUGCUAGUGACAGUGUAAAUCGGAUUGCUCAUGAUAGUAACUACAUUCCACCCCAACAUGGAGUCGAGUGUCAGGCAUCUGACCAAGGCGCUCUACCCGGUGUACAAGACCAUUUUUAUGAAACUCUUAACCAAAAAGAGCCGUCAAAGUGUGAUCACUCCACGGGUACUCAAACUCAAUCAGGACUCAGUGGUUCGGAUGGGUUUGAGUACCUGGAACCGCUCAGACAGCUCCUGCUGGCCGUGGAGCAGCAGAGGCGCCGUGUGCCCCCUGUUGAUCAGUUCCUUAACGACGAGACUGUCUUUAAACAACCUUUUCAGGGAAUGUGCAAUAUAGAACAUCGUACUCCAAUUUUGCCGUCAUUGAAAAGUCCUUCACUACCGUUGAGAAAUACCACUGACGGAUAUAAUUGUGAGAGUGAUAAUAAUUGUGAGAGUGAUAGAGUUUGUAGCAUUGGCUCUGAUAAACGAACUCAAAACGAGACGCAUGAGAGGAAAGAGCGACAAUUCGCCAAAGGGAUAGACACUAAGUGUGAAGAAAUCUCACGCGCUGAUUCCUGUACAUAUGAUCAACCAUUUCUAUACCCUGUAGGGUUUGCGCAUACAGCAGAAAUUUAGAUCAAAAGCUAUAUAAUUGACUGAUCGAUUAAUAUUGAUAAAAUGUCUUUCAUUCUUACAUUCAUUGCUAUAGUUAAUAUGGUAAUGUUCAUGCAUACCGGUUUCCAUUCACAAUAUAUUAUUUUAGUCAUGUUUGUAAAACUGUUGCCUUCAGUUUCAUGAAGAAAUUAAUAUAUAUUAAAAUUUUAUUUAAGUCAU